AUGGAUUCAUAUUCACUGAAAUCCGUGUUCGAUUUGCCAGAACCUUUCCGUUCAAUUUUUAGUUUCAGGUACUUUAAUUCACUGCAGAGUGAAUGCUUUCCUGUUUGUUUCCUCUCCGAUGUAAACAUGGUUAUUUCAGCUCCUACUGGAAGUGGGAAAACCGUGCUCUUUGAGCUCUGUAUUCUGAGGCUUCUCUCAAGGUUUAUCUCUGGUGAUGGAAGGUUUGUCCAUAUAAAGGGAACACUAAAAACAAUCUACGUAGCCCCAUCUAAAGCUUUAGUACAAGAGAAGCUGCGUGAUUGGACUCCGAAGUUUGGUUCAUUGGGGAUAAAUUGCCUGGAGUUGACAGGUGACAACGAAUCUUAUAGCGCAAGGAAUAUUCAAGAAGCAGAUAUUAUUUUAACCACUCCUGAGAAAUUUGAUGCUGUUACUCGGUACCGCAUAAAGGAUGGAGGCCUGAGCUUUUUCAGUGACAUAGCACUUCUACUUAUUGAUGAAGUUCACCUACUGAAUGAUCUUCGUGGGGCAGCUUUGGAGGCAAUAGUUAGCAGAAUAAAAAUGCUUGCGCGUAACCAGGAAAUGAAAUCAAGUCCUCUGGCUUCUGUUCGGUUUUUAGCUGUGUCAGCCACUAUUCCAAAUAUUGAGGACCUUGCUGAAUGGCUCGAGGUCCCUGUCCAAGGAAUCAAAAGGUUUGGAGAAGAAAUGAGGCCUGUAAAGUUGACCACCAAAGUUUUUGGGUAUGCCUCUGCAAAAAAUGACUUCCUCUUUGAAAAGCGCCUCCAAAACUAUAUUUUUGAUAUUCUAAUGCAAUAUUCAAGAGGAAAAUCUGCUCUAGUUUUUUGCUCAACUAGAAAAGGAGCACAAGAAGCAGCACAACGACUCUCUCAAACAGUAAUGACCUUUGGUUAUUCAAAUCCAUUUAUUAAAAGUCACGAACAACAGGAAAGGCUAAGGGAGGCUUCUCUGUCAUGCAGUGACAAACAGAUGCAAUCUUAUAUUCUUUAUGGAGUUGGUUAUCAUAAUGGUGGCCUUAGUCUUAAGGAUCGUAAUCUCAUUGAAGGCCUUUUUCUUAGUGGUGACGUCCAAGUUCUGUGCACCACAAAUACUCUUGCCCAUGGAAUCAACCUACCAGCUCAUACAGUUGUUAUAAAGUCAACACAACAUUUCAACAAGGAAAAAGGUCUUUACAUGGAAUAUGAACGGUCAAUGAUACAACAGAUGUGUGGGAGGGCAGGUCGGCCACCAUUUGAUGAUACAGGGAUGGUUAUAAUCAUGACUAGAAGAGAAACAGUGCACUUAUAUGAGAAUCUCUUGAAUGGAUGUGAAAUGGUAGAAUCACAAUUGCUCUCAUGUAUAACGGAACACUUAACUGCAGAAAUAGUUCAACUAACCAUCUCUGAUAUCACAAAGGCAAUUGAGUGGAUGAAGUGCUCAUACUUGUAUGUGAGAAUGAAAAAGAACCCUGAGAAUUAUGCAGUUAGAAAAGGGAUUCCAAGAGAUCAAAUAAAGAAGCAUCUGCAAGAGAUUUGUGUUCAAAAUGUUAAUAAGCUAUCAUGCCACCAAAUGAUUCAGACCGAUGAAGAUGGUUUUCUUUUAAAGCCACAAGAGCCAGGAAGAUUGAUGACAAAGUACUAUUUGAAAUUUAACACCAUGAAACACAUUAUGCAAGCACCACUUAGCUGUAGUUUAGAAGAUGUACUACAGAUUAUAUGCCGUGCUGAGGAGAUUGCUUGGAUACAGCUCAGACGCAAUGAGAAGAAACUUUUGAAUGACAUAAAUGGCGAUAAAGAUGGCCGCCUCCGGUUUCAUGUCAGUGGUGAUAAUGGGAAACGGAAAAAGCGCAUUCAAACUAGAGAAGAAAAGAUAUUUGUUUUGGCAAAUGACUGCUUAACUGGGGAUCCUUUAAUUCAUGAUUUAUCUAUGACCCAGGAUGCAAAUUCAAUAUGUUCAAAUGGGUGUAGGAUUGCUAAGUGCAUGAAAGAAUACUUUAUAUACAAAAAGAACUAUAGAGGAACCCUGAACUCGUCCCUUCUAGCAAAGUCAUUAUAUCAGAAACUCUGGGAUGACAGUCCAUACUUGCUGAAACAAUUACCUGGCAUUGGAACGGUGACAGCAAAGGCACUGCAUUCAAUGGGAAUCAAAUCAUUUGAGACGCUAGCUGAAGCUGAUCCAAGGAGGAUAGAGAUAGUUACUGGCCGAAAAUAUCCUUUUGGAAAUCAUAUCAAGGAGUCUCUAACGUCAUUGCCUCCAAAAGUUGACAUUAAGAUUGAGGUAAGUGAAUGCCACAGGCAGGAAAAGUCCAAGUUAUCAGUAACAUUGACGAGGUUAUCGCAAGGGGUCCAAUCAACUAAAGGACACUAUGCUGAUAUGAUUGUUGCUUCAGAAGAAGAAAACCUGAUCCUUUUUCAUGAGAAGAUAAGAGUGGAUGAGUUUCUGAGCCCCUAUAGCAUGACUAUCCUCGUGUCAAACCCCCAGGGAAAGAUGACAGUUAAGGCUGAUCUCAUCUUUGAAGAAUACAUUGGCAUUGAUCCCCAUGAAAAGCUUCUGCUGGUUAAGGAUAACAAUUCAAAUGCAAACCAUAAUCGUGCAAAGAAGCAGGCUCAGUUAUUCGCUCCGCCUGAGGAAAUUUGUGUUAUAGAAGAUGACAAUGCAGCCAAACAUCAAACUUUGGCUCAAGAACCUCCGGGUUUGAUUAAAUCUAAAAGGGAAGAAUCCUGGUAUCUAUUUGCCAAUUCACGCAGCAUUUCUACCUCAAAUAUUGUAGGAGAGCCUGCUGCUGGAAUUGAAAAAGAUGAUUGUAAAAUCAUCACUGGGCAAUCGAUAUUUGACCAUAUACGAGAAAAAGCCAAGAACUUCCCUCUCUUGACUCCCUCAAGCAAUGCUUAUCCUGCAACACCCGGAGGCUUAAAUCUCGCAAGAAAGCGCACUCUUGACCAGGAGAGAAGCAAAAUUCUUCAACAGAUUGUGCUGGAUGCUUCUCCACAAUCCACAGGGCCAGAACAGAAUGCCGAUGGUAUCAACAACUAUCUAACCAGAAAGCAUCAUAUAACUGCUGGGAGCUCAGUUACCAUUGAUCUCACAGAUGAUUCAGGUGAUCUUCCAUCUGAACCUGAAGCGUUCUCGUUCAAAAGACUGACUGAAGAAACAAAAUUUGAUCACAUACGGAAAAAAUCAAGGAAUUUUCCUGUGCUCAAUGCGCCAAAGCUCAUUGAGUCCGACUCUUAUAUCUGUACAGAGGAACACUACUCAGCGAAUCAGCCGGGGUUUUGCAAUGCUACUUCAGGAACAUCAAAAGACGCGAAUUCCAGUCAGAUUCUCAAAGAUGCAAUGGCCAUUUCAGAGCUAGAUCCUGGGAAAGUCAACAGAGACGCGUAUGGUACCAAGGCCAGUACAAAGGCGAAAAACAAUGUAUUCCAUGGAAGUUUCAGUGGAGCAAAUGGAAAAUCAGCUGUUUCUCCGACAGUUUCAAGCACCAACGUCAGUACAUCAUCUGUUAAAAUGCUGUCUUUUGAUAUUUCAACGAUGAAGAACAGCAAGAGGCUGGUGGACCUUGGAAGCUCGAUCGCGGAUGGUCGGAAAGACAAUCCAUCUCCAAGCGAAUCAAAAAGGCAGUGCUGCUCACUCGCCUCCACAGGCAAAGACAGGGAAGUAGAUUCAUUUCUUGGCUUUCAGAGUGUCUUUUCAUUUCUGUGAUUUGUCCUUUUGCCUCAUAUCAUAAGAAAUUUGGUGACGAUGUUUACUAUUUGUUACAGUUUCAGUGGUUGAAGCAAUUAGGUAUGACA